GCAAAACAAUCUUUAUCCUCCGGACCGGGCGGCUUGUUGGCUAUCCCGGGUAGGCAAUUCCUAGCGGCGGCGACCGGACGCUCCAUGUAGACUAGAAGUAGACGUAAAUACACAAAUAAUACCUAUCAAACUGCGACAAUCGUGAUAAAUGUAUUUCACUCAAAAAAAUUGCACUAAGAUCUAUAGAAAGCUGGUUUUCUUUCUUUAGUCUGCACUCGCUCGGCGUUAACAUGGAUUCCAGGUAUAUGUUGGACAAGCCGGUCGUCCCUGGGGCGGACUUCGGGUGCCAAUCCGCUCGAUCGGUGCUGCGCGACAGCCGGCUGGGGAGACGCGGCGUCGUACCGGCUGCCGAAUCGACCACUGACGGGGCUCUCUUCUUCAAAUGUGUGCUCGACGGGGAGGCAGCGCCGAAGGUUAAAGCCUGUCCGAGGGCGAACGGACGGGUAUUGCCCGACGUGGAAAAAACUGGUGUGGGGGACCACAGAGACACUGGUUGCACUUCUAGCCUGAAGAGGGCCAGUCCUACGCACUGCCCAGGCACAAAUGGGAAAAUGCCAGGCAGCUUUAUACACUUGGACAUCAGGAAUCAAGAGAGGCAGGCUGGGAUGGCCCUCAGCUUCAGGCCGACACAAGGACAGAAUGUACCACAGACGGAGAGACAACCGCUCCCUUCCUCGCAUAUCCCCGUUCCCAGAAACAGGAAGCCUUCAGGUCAUGCUGAUAAGGAGGUGAUGGCCGCUGCCGUCCUGACAUCACUGUCCACGUCCCCGUUGGUGCUCUGCCCGUCCUCUGCUCCCACAGUUCCAGAGCCAGCUAACAGGGCUUGGAAAGAGGUGCUGUCAGCCAGCUACAGCAGCUCCACCAGUGGCAACUGGAGCUGGGAUGCGAGUGACCAAUCGGUGCCCUCCACGCCCUCCCCACCUCUGUCCAACGAUACCAACAAGAACUUCCUGCUCUCGUCCCAGGGCGAUGAUGCCAACGAGGAUGUCACAGAGAGUGCACACUUCAUGUUUGAGGACCCCAUACCUCGAAAGCGAAAGAACUCCAUGAAGGUGAUGUUCAAGUGCUUGUGGAAGAACUGUGAAAAGGUCCUCAGCACCUCCUCAGGAAUUCAGAGGCACGUCCGCACUGUCCACCUGGGGCGUAACAGUGACUCUGACUACAGCGACGGGGAAGAGGAUUUUUACUACUCAGAGAUUGAGGUCAACAUGGACAGUCUAACGGAGGGCUUGUCCAGCCUCACCCCCACCUCGCCCACCACCGUCGGCCCUCCACCCAUCUUCCCACUUCCUCUCUCUGACGUCCCGCACUCGGAGCACAUCAACAUGAACGGACCACAGAGCCACGCCCCGACACUGCUCAGCCAAUCAGCGCCCUCCAUGCUCUGCCAUAUCCGCACUGACCAUGCGUACCAGGCCACUGCUCCCGUGAAUAUCCCUGUGGUUCCUGAGCUGCCAGGCUCAGGCCAUGGUAAUGGAUCUGGGCCUGGAACCGGAACCGGAACCGGAACCGGGACGGGGACUGGAAAUGGCAUCAGUGUGUCAUGGCAGUCCCCUCCAGUUAUUUUCAAAGGCAUCCCGGGGCCUGUUGUGACUCCUGUGCGCACAGUGAGCAUCGGGGAAAAGCGACUGCCAGCAUCCAGCACUAAUGGCACCGUUAGCAAGAACAACGCUUUAAUAACGGCGACACCUAAAUCAGCACAAGGAAGCCGGAAACCCCGCGGGGAAGCCAAGAAAUGCCGAAAGGUGUACGGCAUGGAGAAGAAAGAGAUGUGGUGCACAGCCUGUCGCUGGAAGAAGGCAUGCCAGAGAUUCACCGACUAAGACACCUUUCCUCCGACUCCACGUGGGCAGACUUCCUGUUCUCCAUGCUUCCUCCUGCAGAGCGGCGGGAGGUUUGCCUUCAAUCUUUACUCUUUCCAAACACACACAACAAAAUGUUUUUUUUUUCUUAAGACUGAGACAUUUUCACUCACCUACUGUUCAUAACAAAACAAAAAAAAGAAAAAAGAAACAUUUGUGGGGCGGCACGGUGGUCUAGGGGUUAGCGCACAGACCUCACAGCUAGGAGACCAGGGUUCAAUCCCACCCUCGGGCAUCUCUGUGUGGAGUUUGCAUGUUCUCCCCGUGCAUGCGUGGGUUUUCUCCGGGUACUCCGGUUUCCUCCCACAUUCCAAAAACAUGCUAGGUUAAUUGGCUAAUUCCAAAUUGUCCAUAGGUAUGAAUGUGAGUGUGAAUGGUUGUUUGUCUAUAUGUGCCCUGUGAUUGGCUGGCCACCAGUCCAGGGUGGACCCCGCCUCUCUCGCCCGAAGACAGCUGGGAUAGGCUCCAGCACCCCCGCGACCCUCGUGAGGAAAAAGCGGUAGAAAAUGAACGAACGAAUGAAUGGUUAAAUUUGGAAUUCUGAGAUGAUAUUUUUUGGUUUACUACUACAAAAAAAGUAUUUUGCGAUACUCAGUCGUAAGUCAUAACAGCAGCACCGUGUAAGCUAUCAAGUAGCAAGCGAGUGUCGCCGUUGAAGAGAUUCAGCCGCCAAUGUCAGCUCCUAACGUGGUCGUCUCCUGCAGCCUUAAUGGACGGCCUGUGCAUCCUCCGCUUGCUCCUUCGGGCUUUCAUCAGCUUCAGCUUUCCACAUUUUGCAACCGUGCACGACACUUUCAAGCCAAGUGGUACAAAAAGAUUUCCCCUCUUGAACAAAAUCGCUCAAGAGAUGUACACAAUAGAUGACAUAUAUUUCCCUCUUUUACCUAGAGAUAUGCACCUUGAAUAAAUAAGUUGACUUUUAAGAGUAUCACUGUAACCGCUUGUAUGUUUCAUAUAGAGUUUAUUGUCAGCAUGGACGUGCUGAAGCAACUAGCAGUUGCACUGUGCAAUCAGCAGGAUUACAACUGUUUAUAUUGUCUUUCUUGCUUUAAUGUUGUCAUUGUUGUUAAGGUGAGUUCAGGCAUGAAAACCUCCGUCCCUCACCCCCCCAACCCCCCCAUUUAACAGCCGAUAUUCUGUUUGUCGUCGUGUCAUCUGAUUGGAUUUAUAUUGCACGUUUCCAAGAUGCCCAACGCGCUUUACAGUAAAAGCUAUUAUUAUUAUUAAUCCACUCGCUAAUAUAUCUGGAGGCAGGUUGGGAAUCGAACCUACCGGACCUCCUGAGCCACUUCCUUUUCAAUCAUUCUUUCCUAAUCCUUUCAUCAUCUUCUGCUUAGUUUUAGAGCAUUUAAAAAGUAGAAUCGUAGCGUUGCAAGUAGAUUCAACGUAAACGUAUAUUUUUAACCCCCCUCCCCUUUUUUUUAAAUUUCUGUUAGAUGUUUAGAACCCGGGAGAGGUGAUUGGCUGAACCUGGUGAUUUUUUUACUCUUAAAAGCCCCGCCCCCCCGACCCCAACCCCCAAUUAGUAAUCUAUUAGUAAUCAAUGUACUUUUUAAAAUUUGUUUUUGCUCAUUCUUAUAUAACUCCUACAUUCAGAGCCCCCCCCCCCACAAGAGGUUUUAGAUGCCCCCCCAGCAUACCCCCAGUAAUUUUACUAAAUUGUGUGUUUUUUAAAGAUGUUCACAAAGAUCACAUGCAUACCAGACCAUACAGUAAAGCCACUGUAGUUUUUGAUAUAAACCCUCCACAUGCACAGGGGGACACCCGACCCCCGGCGGGUACAUUAUGACUUGUGUCCUCUGUUGCCAUAGAAAUAUCAUCCUCCUGACUCCGCUACGAGCUGAUAGUGCUGUAUCACCACUUGAUGCCUAAAAACCGAUACUGCCCCCCCAUCCACCCACCACUUCCCUUUUGUGACCAGUACUGGUUAACAUCUCAUGAGUUCCCGUAUAAACCCUGAUUUAGUCAUUUUUUUUGCUCCAGUAAAGUGAUAAGCUAACUCUUGCCCUGUGAUUGGCUGACCUCACAGAAAGCUCACAAAGUGCCAAUGAUAAGAACAUGAAAAAGGAAAGGUAGAAACACCUGAUAAAAUUGCACUACAACGCACUGCGCAAAGUUUUUAUACAUGGGAUGUUUUUCUAUACAUGCGACUUUUUUACUUUUUCUUUUCCAAUCGGUGUUUGGUGGUGGUGUUGCCAUAGCCUGAUGAGAUAUGCGAGACGUCAUCAUCAUCAUCAUCAUCAUCGUCAGCUUGUCUUUUGUCGUGCUGGUCUGUCCGUGCGCCGCAGGCUAGUCCAGUGCGCUACGUAAACAAAGCGCCCGCUUGUCUCCACGAGUAUCGCCUCAGCUUUAUCGUCGCAACGAUUCACAUGAACAGUCCCACCUUUCCGUAACCUCGGCGCUACCCGCUCCGUCUGCUGACGCCGUGUUGUUGGUGCUGAUACCACGUGUGAAGGCGAACGCGCUAGCAGCCCAACGGGUGACUUCCUAGCGAGCACUUUGUCGAUUUCCCACCAGCAUGCGUGUCGACGCUCCAAUGGAUUCCAACUUCGGUGUUGCACGAAUCCGGCUAGCGACUAUCCAGGCCGCCUCGUUGUGUGCCGCGACUGCAUCAAACUUGCUUGUUGUGAACUGUGAUGACUUACCAGAAGGAGGAUGGGGAUUAGUGGGGAAGUGGUCAGUGUAUGUUAGGCCUAUGUGGACACAUUAAGAUGGACUUUCAGGACUUUUUACGUUUGUACAUAUGCAGCAUUACGAGAACCAUGAUGCUUUUUCAUAUAUUGUUGUUUUUGUUUUCUUGUUGUUUCGCUCUUCUAUGAAAAGGAACCUUUUUUUUUACAGCACAUAGGCUCCAUUUGUGUUAAGUUGUAGUGCGCAUACGUUCGGAUUGGAUGUAUAUUGUAGCUUUGAGGCGAAGGCGGAGGUUGGGGGGACCUGAUGAAUGUAAAAGUUACAAAAAUAAAUGGUAUUUCUUUUAUUUACUGACUAGUUUGUACGACAUCCAAAUCUUUCAACAUCGCCCUGACGUCUGCUCGGUCGUACGCAACGGCACAGCUAACGUUAGCAUGUUGGCGGUCGGACGCUUUGCAACUGAACAAGCACUAAACUUGAACUUGCUCACGAUGUUUGUUUGGUUUUUUUUGUGGCGUCGAGUCGUUGUUGGGCAGGAUUACCUUCCUUCGGGUCCUGGUCUUCCUGCCUUGCACAUUCCAACACGUAGAAGCUUUUAGUGUCUUCCUCUUCACCUCUCCUCGUCUUCUUCAUCACCGUGUCUCCAGCUUUACCGUGGUCCCUCCGACAGCCUUCACCCAGCACGUUAAGCUAACAUUUACCCUUCAAAUGUGCAUCGAGAAAAGCCUCCAUACUGUAUACUAUUUUUUUUCCAAAUAUGUCAAAAUCGUGCUGCUUUUUUUUUUUUACUGUCAGUUUUCAUGUUGUGUGUUCAGCAGCAGGAGCAACAAAGCUUUCCAAAUCAAAUAACGCAUCGCGAUGGCAGCUCCACCGGCUUCUGCUUCUGGACCCUUUUUGUCUCUCAUGUGAUAAACGUUUCCUUUUCUGCAGUUUUUGUGGAUCCGUACAAUGGCGGCUACGGAAAUUGACAAGCCUUUUAUUUUUUUUUUAGUGUACGCUUUCUAAUUCCUCAUCUAAUCUGAUUGGUUGUCUGGUUGAGUUUGAGCUUGUUUUGCAUGUGUAGCAUCGCUUUUUUUGUUCCAUUUUUGGUCAGGCGAUAGAAAACCGAAGGGUUUGAUGUGCCCCCCCCCCAUUCAGUAACGGGUCAUCCAAAGGUGAUGCUGUUUGUUUACUUUCAACUGGAGAGGAACAUGCAGCCUUUUGUCAUCACGCUUAAAGCAUUUCAAGGCCAACUUGUCAUCCCUGAGGUCGGCACUAGAGGGAGAGAUUUCCCCCGGCGGUGGGGGCGUGGCCUGUGGUGGUCCUCAGCAGUCCCAUGCUGACGGAGGAAGCACUUUCUGACGAGUAUUUGUGUGAAUGUGGAGCCUAUGUGGUGUGCUUCAGAAGAUGGAUGACCAUGUUUGAUGCUGAUCUAUGUGAUGUCAUGUGACCGAAAGAAAAUAAAACUAAAUGGAACAAA